AUGAAAGAGCUGGCGGGCCCUCUGAGCGAGGCGCUAACCGCGGUGGCCAAAGUGCGCCCAGAGGACCCGAUAGCUCUCCUGGCGGCGGUCCUGUAUCGCCGGGCUGCGGCCAGAGAGUACCGUGCGGCACGAGGGGAGAAGGGGGAAAGCGAGGUAGAGCGGAUAAGGGACGUCUUCCAUUCCGGACUAGUGGCAGAAGAGGCUGAGUUACAAGCGCUCACAGCGCCUGCGGAACACGAGGGUGCUGGUCAAGAUGUGGAGGUGAAAACUUUACUGAGAAGGGACGGCCGCGGCCGCUCGAUCCUGCACUUUGCCGCCGAGCGGCCCCACCGAGGCCACGCCCUCUCUCGGCUUCUCGACCAAUCAGGACUGAGUCUGGCCGACCGAGACGAGCGCUAUGCCACCGCGAGGGAUGCCGCGGCGGCUGCGGGACUCUCAGAAAAUGUAGCGGCCAUCGACGCUUGGGUGACAUCUCUGGCUGCCAGAGGAGACACGGAGCGGCUAGGACAGCUACUGUUGGACGGGUAUGACCACAUCCUUGAUGCGGAGGACAGCCGUCAUCGGAACAUUGUACACGUGGCAGAACAGAACGCCAGUCAGGACACUGCCGGCUUCCUGCGCAGCUUCUACGGAUUCGAGGAGAAGCGCGACUGGCUGUUCCGUGCCGUCCGUGCCGGCGCCACGGGCCACGUGCGGCGUCACCUAGACGAGCCUCGCCUGGCAGAGGCCCGCGACGGUCACGGCAGAACGGCCCUGCACGCCGCGGUGCUCUGGCAGAGGGCGGAUAUUGUGCGGCUCAUUGCCGAUAAGUUCCCCAGCACCGUGCAUCAGGGCGACAAUCUGGAGAGAACUCCGAUGCACUACGCCAUGGGCAUGACGGAGGUGGAGACGGUGGGGAGGAUUCUGAUCCAGGCUGGCGCCUCCCGCACAGUGAAAGAUUUGCGGGGAAACAGUCCCAGCUACUUCCUGAUGCAUCCCGAGGAGCUCCAGGGCCUCAUCACGGAGGAAGUGACGGUGAACGCGGCGUAAAGCUCGCCGCUGCCUCCUCCGGCCCAACAGUGGCGCAGCGAAAUGCAGCAAUAUCCCGUGGCCAAUCACGCCGGAUAGAUGGAGACAGAGAGAGAGAGGGAGAGAGAGAGAGAGCGAGAGGGAGAGAGAGGGAGAGAGACAGAGACAGAGACAGAGACAGAGAGAAAGAGAGAGAGAGAGAGAGAGAGAGAGAGAGA